UCCUUCAUUUACCACCAAAACACAUCUUCCGAAAUCUUAAACCGGAAACCGAAAAUCCAGAGACAUUCCGAUUCCAUUUCUCUCUCUUCAAUCCCCCGCCCCCCUAACCCACCAAGAAGAAAAUAAAAAGCAAAUCUCUCUGUUUUGAAUCCGAUGGAUGAAUCAAGUGGGACGAUGAUCGACGAGUUAUACGAGUUCUCGGCGCCGCGUUUCUUCGACUUCCUGAAAGGAGAGUCGGAAGAAGAUACUGGCAAAGCAGAGCUCUGGUUCGAAACCGCCUUAAGCUACGCCCCUUCUCCUUUUAUGGCUAGAAUCAAGGCUGGUAAUAGAUCCUUUCAAGUGGAAAGUCUCUGCAAUUUUACUGAAGCGGAUCAAAUGCAGAAGGCUUCGGAAUCAUCAGAUGUAACAGCUCCCAACAGUACCUCAGAAGAAAACGCUCAAUUCGAGCCGGUGCCUGAUAAAGUGAAGGAAGAUGAAGUUAAACCCUCAGAGGCAAGGGUUGAAAUCAAUCAAAUGGUCACUCAGAUUGCUAAUGAUAAUAAAGACAAGGAAAAAUUAGGGACUGUAUGUGGUCAAGAGAAUGGAAGUGCCCUGGCUAAAAAAGUGCCUUCUACUGUAACUGGUGAUAAAGAGAAGAGCAAAUCUUCUGUGCAAGUAGAAGUUGAAGCUUACACCCCUCAACCAUUGAUGAAUCUUCAGAAAAAACUGGUGAGUGACCGGAAGCACCAGACAGCUAAAAAGAUAGCUAGCAUGGUACGGAAUCCAUCUGCCUUGAAGCCAAAAAACCGGUUUCAGGGCAGCAGUGGGACUCCCAAUUUGGCUCAAGAAAACCAAGCCAUUAAACGUCAGAAACUAGACGGAGGGAGAUCUAGACAGAUCCUAAAUGUAAAACCCCACAAUUUGCCCCAUAAGUCAAAACUUGGUAUUACCAGUGGCAGUUCCAAAUUGUGCUCUUCUACCGCUAAAACUUCUAACAAAUUGGAAAGAAAGGUUUAUCUUCGGGAACCAGCAGCACCUUUUGUUUCAAUGGCAGAAAUGAUGAAAAAAUUUCAAUCAAGUACCAGAGAUUUGUCGCUUCCUCAAAGCUCUCUGUCACAUAUGAAACCUAUCAAAUUGACAAGGCCCAAAGAACCUGAAUUCGAAACAGCGCAAAGAGUGCGCUCGGUAAGAGUGAAGAGUACCGCGGAGCUUGAAGAAGAAAUGAUGGCUAAAGUUCCAAAGUUCAAAGCAAGACAAUUGAACAAAAAGAUUUUUGAAGCCCCAACACUACCUGCCUUACCAAGAAGUACUCCAAAGCCUCCAGAAUUUCAGGUAUUUCAUUUUAAGACAAUGGAAAGAGCCAAUCAGAAUGCGGAGACUUCUUCAGUAGCUUCAACAGAGGUGUCUCGUCAGAAUAAUCAGUGGAAACCUCAUCUCACAGAACCUAAAACACCUGUACUUCAAACAUCAUUAAGGGCACGGCCUCCAAAGGUCAAAAGUUCUAUUGAACUUGAACAGGAGGAACUUGAAAAAGCACCUAAAUUUAAGGCAAGGCCAUUGAAUAAAAAGAUAUUUGAAAGCAAAGGAGAAUUGGGUAUCUUCUUUAAUGCAAAGAAACAAGUGACUAUACCUCAAGAAUUCCAUUUUGCAACAAACGAGAGGAUACCACCAGCAGCAGUUAUUGAUUUAUUUGACAGGGUACUUUCUCUGAAGUCAGAACCUAGCCACGAUCCAAUUCCAAGAAACACCAUUCUCAAUCCAUUCCAUCUCCAAACAGAGGAAAGAGGAGCUGAGAAAGAAAGGAAACUUGUGAUGGAAAUUAUAGAGAAGCGAUAUGAAGAGGAAAGAGCCAGGGUUCCCAAGGCUAACCCAUAUCCUUACACCACUGACUACCCUGUGAUUCCUCCAAAGCCAGAAUCCAAGCAUUGUACAAAACCAGAACCCUUCCAACUGGAGAGUCUGGUGAGGCAUGAGGAGGAGAUGCAAAGAGAGAUGGAAGAAAAAAAGAAAAAGGAGAAAGAAGAAGCCCAAAUGAGGAUCUUCAAGGCCCAGCCAAUUGUGAAAGAGGACCCAAUUCCUGUUCCAGAGAAAGUUCGCAAGCCUCUGACACAAGUGCAGGAAUUCAAUCUCCAUGUUGAUCAUAGAGCGGUGGACAGAGCAGAAUUCGAUCAAAAGAUUAAAGAGAAGGAAAUGAUGUACAAGAGAUACAGAGAGGAGAGUGAGGCUGCUAGGAUGAUCGAGGAAGAGAAGGCAUUGAAGCAACUGAGAAGGACAAUGGUUCCCCAUGCUAGGCCCCUUCCCAAGUUUGACCAUCCUUUCUGCCCACAAAAGUCUUCCAAGGAAAUAACAAAACCGAAAUCACCAAGUCUACGUGUUCUCCAAAGAAAAGAAAGGAGGAAAAUGAUGAUGACGGCUGCUGCAACUUCCAGUCCCGCCACGCUUAUGAGAUGAAUGAUUGUUUGGUUGAUGGACAAGGCAGCCUAGCCUGCGCGUGUGUUCAAGAACUUUUGAACCCCUGUGAGACCACCACCAUUAUUGAACUUUUGCAGGUUACACUUUUUG